UCGUGCAGGCAUCCGGAUCGUGUACCGACAGCUGUCGCUAAAUCCUUGGUGUUUUGAGUCUGACGUCAUCACGCAAAUGUGUUUUUUCGUCAAUUUUAACAAUCAUAGGUAGUUUAGAUGGUUAGAGUAAGGUUAGGGUGUGGGUUACCAAAGAUUUAGUCAAAACCAACAAGCCACGCCCACGGAUCUGACUCGAAACACCAAGGAUUUAGUGAGAGCCCUCUCUCCAGCGCUGAUCAUUGAGGACUGGCUUCUCGGCUGACGGGAAGCUAACGUUACCCGGAAACUUAUCGACACCUCCGAUAAACUGGAAACUUAUCGACAACUCCGAUAAACUAUCUCGGAUCAUUACGAAACGAUCUACACAAAAUCAGAGAUUUGUGGCUAUAUAUUUUUUUUUUUGAAAGUUGAUUUGGAUUUGAAAGUAUUGCUUUUGUGUCGUUACGAGGCUGCUGUAGUAAACUUUAUAACGGAUUUGCUUUUCCGCGUACUACACGUUGAAACGUUCAUCGUGAUCCAGAACUUCGUAGUAACGUUAGCGUAUAAACGAUUUUUUUUGCAUAGUUUUAGUUUUACAAAGGUUUUAGCUCACGGAAAAAUGAAACAAAUAUAGCGGAUCACAUGCAAGUUAACUACUCGGGAACUAAGUGAAGCUGAUGAAUAAUUUAAACUGUUAUGACCUCAUUUGAGAUGUUAAUGUUGACAUAAAAUCUAAACGAGUUCAUACUAAACGUAUUAACAGUUAAAAUCAACACAUGACAGGGUCUCGCCUUGUUAUUAAGUGAGGUCGUUGUUAAGAUGUUACCAGAAAGCCUAUGACAUAUGGCACAGGAAUUGGCUGAUUCAUGUUGUAACACUUAAUGCGACUUUGUUUCUUUAAUAACGUUACAGAGUUUCACUAAACACAAUGCGCGAUUCAUCUUUGAAUUUUAGUCUUCUACACAGGACUUGUUCUCUGGUGGUGCUUCUUUGUUUCCUGCACAUUUUUGUCACUGUGAUCUAUUACGUUAGAAACUCAGAUUCAAGUCAAACCUUCGUGCAAAACCAGCAAACCCCACGGAUCCACAGAAAACUGACCGAGCAGAGGGUCUCCACAGAGGAGCCCACACCACCAUCUGUUUCUAAUGUGACAGAGACUGAGAAGAAGCUGGUAACAUGUCCUGACAAUCCACCUCGACUGGUGGGUCCGCUCCGGAUUGAGUUUUCUGACCCUGUCACCUUGGAUCUCGUGAGAAGUGAGAAUCAAGUGCUGCAGCCGGGCGGGCGGUUCAAACCCAAAGACUGCAUCGCCCAGCAGAAAGUGGCCAUGAUCAUCCCCUUCAGAAACCGGGACGAGCACCUAAAGUUCUGGCUUUAUUACCUGCACCCCAUCCUACAGCGCCAGCAACUAGAUUACGGCGUUUAUAUCAUCAAUCAGGAUGGUGAUGCGGCGUUCAACCGUGCCAAACUCCUCAACAUUGGUUACAAGGAGGCCAUGAAAGAGUAUGACUAUGACUGUUUUGUCUUCAGCGAUGUUGACCUUAUUCCCAUGGAUGACCGCAACAUCUACAAGUGCUUCAAUCAACCCAGGCAUCUGUCUGUGUCGAUGGACAAGUUCAGCUUCAGGUUACCGUACACGCAGUACUUCGGUGGUGUGUCGUCUCUCAGCAAAGACCAGUAUCUUAAGAUCAACGGCUUUCCAAACAACUACUGGGGAUGGGGAGGAGAAGAUGACGACAUUUUUAACAGGAUCAGCUCUAAAGGGAUGUCGAUAUCAAGACCUGACGGCAUGAUUGGCAGGUGCAGAAUGAUCCGUCAUGAGAGAGACAAACAAAACGACCCCAAUCCUCAGAGGUUUGACCGGAUAGCUCACACAAGGGAUACAAUGGCAAAAGACGGGAUCAAUUCAUUAACAUAUGAAGUUGUUAAAGUGGAAAAGGACCAGCUGUUCACCAAAAUCACAGUGGAUGUUGGGAAACUGUGAUUUCUGCAUUUAGACCUAACACUGCGCAAAGCAGCAACACUGGCUGUAGAAAACCUAAUGUGCCUUAUCAGAGACGAGUUUCAAAGUGGAUUCUAGUUUUCUUAAGACUUCAGUGCUUUGAAUUGUUUUGCCAUCUUUGCACAUGUGAUGGUGAAAACGGGGAUCUAAACCUUUUUUACCCAGAGUGUCAAAAAUGUUCAGCAGAAAAAUAGAGACUUUAAGGUUUAACUGAUGGAUCGAACUUGUUAAGACACGUCUGUUGAAAGAAAAGACCUCUUGAGCCACUUGAUUUUAAGCAAAGUGAUGAAAAUGUUCCCGUUUCGGGACAAGUGAAGAUUGUGAGAUGCUGUGUGUGAUAUUGUUUGUUGUUCUGAAAUCAUGCUAGGUGAGAAUAUUUGAUCAAUUGAUUAUGUUGAUCUGAAAGGUAAGCAAUGCAAUAAAACUUCGAGCUGUGGAUGGUCUAGGCAUACAGCAUACCAACUGGCAUCCGGACUUCUGUUCUUUUUGAUAUUAUAGAUUUUUUCCAUUGCUGUACCAAGUAUUUGGGACUUACGGAGCCUUUUAAAUGACGUCUGUUUUGUUAGAGAUGAGAUGUCUGAAUGUACUGGUUUUGGGUUUUUCUUCCUCCGUGUGCUUGAUGCAUAAUGGGUCAAUAAUCCUCUCUGCUGGAGCUCUAAAGUGGCAGCCAUACAUCUUAAAUAAGUCGAUUUUUCUCUUCUGUUUAUGCUCUUAAUAUUGAGGUGUUACAUUUGGGUUUUUGGAGGGAAAUCAAAUCAAAUGUUUUUGAUUUCAGUCCUUUAUUGCACAAUGAAACCUUCAGGGGUUGCAUAAGGACACAAAUAUAUACAAGCUGUCUACUGUACUGUCGAAAUGAAGCCAUUGACAACUUUGGGUGCCUUUGUUGAUUAUGUAUUUUUUUCCUUUCGUGUAUAAUGUUUGUUUUUCAAACCUGCAACCAAAAAUGCAUUGGGCUUGAAGCAAGUGAAUGUCAGCUGUUUGCUCAAGCGCUUUUCUAGACGGCGGCUCAUCCGUACGCAACGUACUGAAUGUUUAAGUCGUACAGCCAAAUGUGAGGGAUUUUUUCCCCUCCGUGCGGACCACCCCAAAAGGCCCAUAGAUUUUCUUUCCAGCUUAAGCUCUCUCAUGCCUUAUAAAAACUCUUGCACUAGGAAAGAAAACUACCUCUCCAUACGGCACAACCUUGCAGACAGAAGAGAUUAGCGGCUCAAGUCAAACCAAAAUGCUUAGACAAGUAGUUUUUGGCCUUUUCUGCUUUUUCUUAUAGGUCAGUUAAAGCGAGGUUUAAAUCUCUUUGGACAAUGGUCUUUGUUUUAGAGCCAGCACAUAACUACGUUUUUUAAGUUUAAUAUUUUUAUUGGUCAACAUACGUUUUGUUGUAUUGGUCUCCAUUCAUUUCUUUAUCGUCUCUUUCGUCUUCUGGUUUUUUUUCUUCCAAUUUUGACACUUUUGUUCCUAUGUUACGUAAAUGUAAUGUGAUGAACCCAAUCAGAAUGAAUUCAAUUGUGUUUGAUUUGCUUUGGCUCUUAACUGUGUUGUGAAAUAUGAGAUGGUCACCCGAGCUCAGACAUCAUAUUCUACGGCCUGUUAACCGAAACUGAAGACCUGCUCAGGUCUUUGUAAUUUUCCAUGCACGCAAACCAAGUUAACCCUUACCUAAUAAACGUGAUCAGACCUUA